AUGGAUGAUAUUCGUUUAAUAUCAGCAUCACCACCGUUAUCAACAUCAUCAUCAUCAUCAUCAAUAUUAAAACCAGUUUGUUCAUCUCUGACUGGUUCAUUAACAAAUAAUCGACAACGAAUAGAUUCAGCAUCAGUUAUACAACAAUCUGAUGUAUCAUCAUCGAGACCCGCUUUAUUGGCUGAUGAUGCAUUAGGACCACUUCUUUUUGAAGCUCUUGAUGGAUUUUUCUUUACAAUAAAUCAUAAUUGUGAACUUGAUUUUGUAAGCGAUAAUGUUGGACAGUAUUUAAAAUUUUCUCAAGAAGAACUUGCUGGACGAAAUUUGUAUCAUUGUGUACAUCCGAGUGAUGUUAGCGAGUUUAGCAAAGCUUGGGCAAAAAAAGAUGCCGGUGAUUCUUUAGCUCCAACAAGUAAUAUUGAACAACAAAAUGCUCAAUCACGUGGACGUACAUUCCUAUGUCGUAUGCGAACAAAUGAUGAAUCUUCUCCAUACGUUACAAUGAUUGUAUCAGUUGCUCUUCAUCGUGAUUCAGCCAGUAGUGAUAAAACAUUUUUAAUAUGUAUUGCUCGUCGACCACCAUUGAAUGAACUUAAAGAUAAACCAGCUUUACUUGGUUUUGAUCAAUUUUCAUCACGAAUUAAUUUACAAUAUGAUAUUGAAAGUUUAGAUUCAAGUCAUAUGAAAUGUGAAACAAUUGAUAUGAAUUUUAUGAGAAAAAAUUUUCGAGAUUAUGUUCAUGUAAAUGAUAUUCCAUUAAUUAAUCGACAUUUUCAAGAAGUUAUCGAAAAAGGUGAAUCAAAAAGUGCUGUCUAUCGAUUCUGUUUACAUGAUAAUAUAUAUGCUUUUGUUAAUACUCACAGUAAAUUAUUUUCUAAUACAACAACUGGUAAAUCAGAAUCAAUUAUGUCUACACAUACAAUAGUUCGUUUAAUUGAUAAUAUAAAUGAUUUAAAUGGCAAUGCUUCAACACGUUUGAUGAAAUCAAUAAUAACAUCAAAUCGUGAUUUACAAAGAAAUAAACAACAAUCACCAACAAAUAAAAUUCUUACACAACCACCAGCACCAGCAUCAACACCACCCAUUGGUACACAAUUUGCAUUAACUAUGUUAGGCAUGCAUAAAAAUGCAUCCGAUUCUUUACAACAACAUGUAUCAAGUACAUUGGGAACACUUCUUCAAGUACAAAAUUCUUUAUCAGCACCAAUAUCUAGUCCUAAUGAUAAAGCUCAACAACAAUUAACUAUCCCAUCACCACCACGAACAAAUGUUCAAAAAUCUUCUACAUUUGACAAUGUUUCUUCAUCGAAUAAAGUAGAAUUUGGUAGUAAACGAACAUCUUUUAGUCCUUCAUUAAAUUCUGUGAACUCCAGUCAUGGUAGUAUUCCAUCACCUGCUAAUUCUUUUGACUUACUUUUUUCAUCUGUAUCACCAACAAAUGAUUUAAAUUCAUUUUUACCAUCAUGUUCACCAACUAAUAAAAAACCAUCAUCACCAUUACAAUUAUUAGAUCCAACAUCAUUACUUUUUUCAAAUAAUGAUAUUUAUUCAACAGCACCAAGUCCAAUAACAACUCCAAUAACACAAUCACGUAGUUCAACACGUUUAAGACAAUUACUUGCAACGAAAUCACCAUCAUCAUCAACAACACCAAGUCCACAUUAUCAUACUGAUACAAAAUCUCAUACAAAUACAUUCGAUGAUCUUAUACAAGUUGUUGAAAGUCCAACAACAACACAUGUAUCACCUGUACCUAAUGAUAUACUAUCACCAAUAAAACGUGUUAGAAGUCAAAGUCAAACAAAUGGAAUUUCAAAUAAUAAUGCAGCUGACAUGCUUCUUAAACAAAUUUUAGGACGACAACCACCUAUAACAACAAUGUCAUCAGCACCAAAUAUAGCUGAUGUUACAACAUUAGAUAAUAAUUCAACAUGGUCAUCACCGGCUUCUGUACCAACAAUAAAAACAGAAGCUAAUACUAAUGAUGAUAAUACAUCAACUGAACAAACAACAAAUACAAUUGGUACCACAAAUAAAUUACGUAGCGAUAUUUUUCUUCGAACAUUACUCAAUGAUGAAGUACGUCCACAAAAAGUUGUUGUUGAAACUCCAUUUGUUUAUAAUUCUCGACAUAAAACAAAUCAACGUACAUCAAGUGUUACAAAUCAAAUGCUUGGAAGUAAUGUUAAAACACUUGUUAAUAAUGGACGUUCAGCAUUAAAAAGUCAAUUAUCAUUACAAAUAAAUAAUUUACCAGAUACAACUAUAUGGGAUCAAAAAUCAAAGAAAAAAACACGACAACAUGCACAUAGUUUUGGUAGUCGAAAUACUGUUAUGACAACAACAACAACAACAACACAACCAAGAAAACCUGGACGACCAAAACGAGAUCCAUCAGAAUAUCUUUUAGCAAAUCCUCAAUCGACAUUAUCGGAUAAUUCACUUGAUUCAUUAUAUGAUUCAUCUUCAAAUAUUGAACAAUCAUCGCCAAUUGCACUUCGUCGUACAACACGACAAUUAGCAGCAUUAAAUGCAAAUACAACAAAUUUAAAACGUCCUAUUGAUAAUGAUGAUCAAAUACAAAAUCCAAGAAAAUAUCCUAAAUUACUAACACAAGUCAUUAAAGAUGGUGUUAAAAUUGAAUGUCAAGAUCAUUCAAUCAUUUCACCAUCAGCAGCUAUUGCUGCUACACGUCCACUUAAUCAAUCACCUCAAACAGCAAUUAAAACUGAACCCGAUAUAUUUGAUCGUAAUUAUCUAUUAGAUAAAACUCCAUCACCAUUAUUAAGACGAUCAAUAAAUAAUUCAAUAUCAGCCAAUUCUCAAUCAACAUUAUUACGUUCAUUAAUUCGUUCACCACAAACUCCAUCAUUAACAACGAAAAAAGAUGCACCAUUAUAUGAUCUUUUACAAAAUCUUGAUUCAAAUGAUUCAUCUAUAUUUACAACUAUUAAUUCAGCUUCAACACCACCACCAAUAACAAUAAAUAAUAAUAAUAAUAAUAAUAAUAAUAAUGCUAGUACUAAUAAUUCAAUUGAUCCUCUUGAACAAUAUCUAACUCCAGCAUCAUCACAAUCAACAUCAACAACUAAAAAUUCAUCAUCUAAAGAUGAUUAUCUUGCUGCUUUAUUAAGCUCGGAUCCUCAACAACCAAAUGAAAUAUCAUUUAUUCCAAUAAAUAAACAACAACAACAACAACAACAACAACAACAACAGCAGCAACAACAAACACCAAUGUUAACACGAUCAGCAUCAACAUCGAGUGAUAGUGGUCGUAUAGCAGCCAUUGUUAAUGAUCUAUUUAGUUCAGCAACAAAUGUAGCAACAUCAAAUAAUUCUAAUGAUGAUUUCUUAUCUUUAUUAGAUAGUAAAGAUUUUCUCGAGUGUUUAAAUGAUCCAACAACAAUUGAUUCAAUACUUUCUCAAAAUUCUACAAAUGUUAUAGAAACCUCAUUUUCAUCACCAACAUCUAAACGUAGUGAAAAAGAUGAAAAAGCUAUUAGUGAAAUAUAUAAAACACUUGUUACUUCAUUUAAUCCCGGUCCGCCUUCACUCGAUCUAUCUGUUGAUAAUAGUCCUUUCAGCUCUAUCACCGGUGACUUUUUAUUAGCUGAAAAUUCUCCUAUGUCAAUACCACCAAAUCGAACAGUUAAUGCUGAUCCAUCUAUGACAAUGUACCGACAACAGCCAACAACAUAUUCAUAUCAAACUCAUCAACAACAGCAACAAUCAUCCACAAAUACCUCUCAAUAUUCUGACUGUCUUUCAAUGGAUAUGAUUGAUACGAAUAGUUUUCCACCAAAUAAAUCCUUAUCACCAAUUAAUAAUUCUUAUCCAGUACCACCACAAUCAACAACAACACAUAUGGAAGCUAAUUCAAUGAUGAUGUAUCCUCAACAAACACCAUCACAUAUUCAACAUCAUCAAGCACAAAAUCAAAUGUCUAAUUUAUUUUAUCGUCAAACACCUCAACCUCCACAACAAACAAUGUAUAAUAACUUUAUUCAACCACCACCAGCAAAUCAAUUGGCUUCUGGUUAUUAUUCAAUGCCACAACAACAACAACAACAACAACAACAACAACAACAACAACAACAACAACAACAACAACAACAACAACAAUCACCACAACAACGAAUACCAACAUCUAAUCAUCCAUCACAAUUAAAUAAACGACAACCAUUAAUUCAUCAACAACGAACAUCCCACCAAAAUAAUUCACCACUUCAAUUACACAUGUCGAUGAAUGUUACUUUGCCACAUAUGACACCAAAUCAACAACAAUCACAGCAGACACAGCAACAGCAACAUCGACCUAUGAUGAAUACAUACAACGAUUUAAUGAUGCCUAAUGGUAAUGGUUCAACAUUACAGCAAGAUUUUCAUCGACUUUCACCAUCAUUAUUAAAUAAUAACCCACUUGAUCUUCCAUAUAAUCAUGAUAUUUUUAUGUCACCAUCACCAUCAGGGCCACCACCCCCACAACAAUUAACACAAAAUCGUCAUAUGACUGUAAUGCAAACACAGCAACAACCAUCUGUUCCUCCUCCUCCUCCUCCUUCACAAGCCACUAUCCAUCAGCCAUAUUCUAAUAUGAGUGUGGCUCUACCGGCGACCAUGCAACAAAAUUCACAUAAUUCAAACAAUCUCAUGAAUCCAUCAAUACCAAAUUUAACACCUGCUGAAUGUCGUCAAUCCGAAGAAUUGAAUAAUCAAAUGAUGAGUUGUUUAAGUUUUCCAGCAAGUAGAUCUACAAGUGAAUUUGUACGUAAACAAUUACAAAAUACAAUUCAUGGACGACAAAAACCAGCCGGUGGAAAAGAUAUGUCAGGAAUAACAGCACAGAAAAUGAUCAAUUCGCCAAGUCUUGAUUCAAAUCAAAAAGGGGCUUAUUUUCGAAAUAAAUUAUCAUCUCAAUUGUCUUCUCCAUCCUUACAAGCAGCUAUAAGAUCACAACAACAACAACAAUAA